CACCGUUCCACUAAACUCCACUUCUUUAUAAACUCCACACCUUUUGCAUAAUUUUAUACACUUGCUAAAGCAAGCAGAGAUAAAGCACACCAAAAGCAUUUCGAGUUUACAACUUAUCAUAGAAAGCAAAAGCCAAAAACACCAAUAAAUAACAAAAGGUGCUUUGCUUACUGAUAUCAAACAAGCUUUUCUUAAGGCCUCAAAACAAGUCAUGGAAGAGGAGGAAGAUGGGGAAAUGGGGACGCCAUUUUGGGUGCAGAGCACCUCCAAUGUCCGUCGUGUUGAUCGCUUCCGUCGUGGCGUGUCUUCGCUCAUCUUUAGCUCCGGGGUCUUGCUGUUUAUUCUUCUGGUAACCGCAGUUUUCUUCAUGGUGUUUGCUAUUCCUUCUACUAUACACACUGCACAUCUUAAAUUCUUUAUGAGGUCGAAUGCUGUUAUGAAAAAAUGGGAUUCUGUCAAUCUGGUCCUUGUCUUGGUGGCUUUGUUCUUCGGAUUUAUAAGUAAAAACAACAACAGAAAUUAUAAUAAUGUUGUUGCUGAUGAUAUACAGAGUACUACUACUACUACUACAUCUGAUAAUAAUCAGAACUACUAUAAUUAUCAUCUUCCUCAGAACAACAGUGUCAGUUCCAAUGUUGUUGCCCAGAAAUCAGCUCCAGAUACUGGAUGGUAUGAAGAGUACUCUGAUCGGAGGGAAUCUGGUAGCAGUAGUAGUAACUAUAAUUAUUAUUAUGCUGCUGCUAAUAAUAAUUCUCCUCGAUUAAGAAGGAAUAGUACUUCAUAUCCUGAUCUUCACCUCCGUCAACAAAUUUUGUCAACACCAUCAGUUGAUUAUUAUAAUGUUAAUGAUCAAAGGAGAUAUUAUGACGAUAGCCCUGUUUAUUAUCGUCGCCCAAGCUGGAAGCAAUCUGAUGCAUCUGCGGAUUAUGACAAUAUUCAGGUGAAAAAUAUUUAUGUCGAUGACAAUGAUGCAGUCAAUUCCAAACCAGGUGGCCAAAAGUUAGAACAAACCUCCUAUGUUUCACCCCCGUCAUAUCCUCCCCCUCCACCAUCGCCUCCACCGCCACCACCUCCACCGCCACGGAGGAGAGCAACUGACCAGAAGGCAAAAAGGAUAUACGAAAGCGAGAGUCUUCCUAGUGAAUAUCAAAGUAACAAAGAUGUAAGAGUUGUGGAUUCAGAAGUCCUGCAGAAAUCCUCAAUUCCUCCUCCUCCCCCGCCGCUGCCACCGCUGCAAUAUCGUGUGGAAAAGAGCGAAGGAAGUGAAUACAAGAAAAGAAAUGCAGGUAAAGAUCAGAACUUCUUGACAUCAUACUAUCAGAAGAAGAAGAAGAAAAGGCAAAGACAAAGGAGUGCUGACAAUCUGGAUGCUCUUUUUCAUCGAUCUCAAGCACCCAAAACUCAUACACAGCCGCCGCCGCCGCCUCCUCCGCCACCGCCCCGGCCUUCAUCUUCUGUCUUUCAUAACUUGUUCUCAUCAAAAAAAGCCAAAAGAAGAAAAAUCCCCUCAGACCUACAUCUAUAUCCAUCUUCACCGCCACCACCUCCACCUCCACCCCCACCGCAAUUCAAGGCGGCACGGGUGUCCAAGCCCAAACCCAAUAUUCAAACACCAACCGCAUACGAACCUCCAGUACCAAUAAAACUCAAGUCUUUCAGUUCUUUUGAUGACAAUUCAAGCAGUGGCGGAUCAUCGCCGCUUCAUUUUAUACGACCACCGCCACCAUUACCACCAUUUAAAAUACCGGAGUGGAAGCAUGUAGUAAAAGGUGACUAUGUGAGUAUAGAGAGCAAUCCCAGCUCACGUUCUGGAUCUCCGGAUACUGAUGAGGCUGAUAAUAUCUCGCCUGCAGCUGAUCCAACAGCUUCCCCUGUUUCUUUGUUCUGUCCAAGCCCUGAUGUGGAUACUAAAGCUGAUAACUUUAUUGCAAGGUUUAGAGCUGGACUGAAGCUUGAGAAAAUAGACUCUUUCAAUAAGAAACAAGUGUCCCGAAUGUCUAAUCUAGGGCCAGGUUCUGCUCCAUCUCAGGAUUGAAUUCCUUAAUUACAUACAUUAUUGUUUUUUCCCGGAUUAUUCUUUUUUUUUUGGAGAUUAGUGUUAGAUGAUUUGAUUUGUUCUUAAUUAUAUGUAUAUGUAUGCAUACAAUUGCAAACCAGGUUUUGAACAUAUAUAUUUAAUAAUGUGCUUCGAGCACUCAGAUUGUUUGAA